AUGUUUGUAAGAUCGAUCCGUCGUUUGGCUACUGAAGCAAGUACUUCUACCCUUCCAAGUGCCACGACUUUUAACAUAGCCAAACCACCUCAAUACACAUUGGCAUCGUUAAGAAGCUUUCCAAGCUUGGAGCCUCAUUCAUUCAUUCCGUUGCCAGCCUCCUUCUUCGAUGCUCCUUUAAGAAGAGACUUCUUAUGGAGUGCGGUAGUAUUUGAAGCUGAUGCUUCCAGAGUAGGAUCCGGUAGCGUGCCAACUAAGGGUGACAAGCCAUUCUCCAACAGAAAGAUCCAGCCUCAAAAGGGUUCAGGACGUGCGAGAGUAGGUGAUCGUAAUUCUCCAAUUAGAGAUAAUGGAUUAAAGGCGUUUGGGAGAAAGGCCCCAGUUGACUGGUCCACCAAUUUACCAAGGAAAAUAUACAACAGAGCCAUCCAAACUGCAUUUUCACAACAAUAUAGAGACGGUAAGCUCUUCAUAAUCGGAGCUGGGGAACAAAGCGAAGCAACGACCGGAAAAUUAUCAGAAACCGAUCUGACUAUCGUAGAUUUCAAGUAUGGUUAUGAGGAAGCUACCAAGCAGUUUGUUGAAUGUCACAAGAUGGAGAAAUUGCACUUGUUGUUUGUUACAGAUGAUCUCAGAGAGAACUUAUUGAAUUCAACGGAGUAUAUCGCAGACAAGGCGGACGUUGUUCCUAAGGAAGCAUUGCAGGUCAGAGAUAUCUUAAAGGCCAACAGGAUCUUCAUUGAAGCGCCAGCUUUGCAAUGGCUUAUUGGGAAGCACAGCAACUAG